AACGAGUUUGGCCGAACUCAGGUGAGUGACGGAGCUGGCGUAGGCGGAAGUCGACGUCGAACCUCAACUGGGAACCCGUACCGCGUCCAAGUCGGAACUACACCAGCUCAAAGUUUGCCCAAAGAACGGAAGGAAUCAUCAACUUGUGGGAAUCUUUUUUAUCCUCAUCUGACGGGCGGCGUCAUCUGGGAGGCGUCGGUAGGAUCGAUUUAUUUGGCGAAGCACCGAGACUGCCUUCUGAGAGGCGGUCAUCCCAAAGAGAGCCAUGGCGGCCUCGGGUCUGAUCCAGGACGACGACAACGACGACAUCCGCCCCCACGUGGAAGUGAGCGUAACUGCAAGCGCGCCCUCCUCGCCCGCUCAACCGAACGGCGGCCCCGGUCGCCCCGCCUCCCCGCCUGCGCCCGACGCUCCCGACGGCGGCAGGAGCAAGCGCAGCAAAAUGAGCGACCUCCUCCAGCAGAACCAGCUGGUCCAAUCCCUGAGUAGCGGCCUGAAGCGCCACUGUGACUAUAUCAAGAUCUCGGUGUCGGAGGAGCGCGCCGACCGCCUCCCCAAGGAGUGGUGGAAAACGGGCGUGGCUUUCCUCUACGCCGUCUUCAACUUAGUCUUCACCACCGUGGUCAUCACCAUCGUACACGAGAGGGUGCCCGACAAAUCGGUGAGCCCGCCGCUGCCCGACAAGUUCUUCGACUACGUGGCCCGCGUUCCCUGGGCCUUCACCGUCACGGAGGUCAACGGCCUGAUCCUGGUGGGACUCUGGCUGAUCCAGUGGCUGCUCCUCAAGCACAGAGCCAUCGUGGGGCGCCGCUGCUUCUUUCUCAUCGGAACACUCUACAUGUACCGCUGCAUCACCAUGUACAUCACCACCCUGCCCGUGCCUGGCCGACACAUGGUGUGCGCACCCAAGCUUUACGAUGACUCGACAGGAAAGAUCUGGAGGAUCGUGCGGCUCAUCUCUGGAGGAGGCUUAUCGCUGACCGGCUCCCACAUGAUGUGCGGCGACUUCCUGUACAGCGGCCACACGGUUGUGUUGACCCUCGCCUACCUCUUCAUCAAAGAAUAUUCUCCUCGCUGGAUGUGCUGGUACCAGUGGAUCUGCUGGCUGCUCAGCGCCUCGGGUGUGCUGUGCAUCCUGGUGGGCCACGAACACUACAGCAUCGACGUCCUGGUGGGAUACUUUGUCACCACGAGGCUCUUCUGGUGGUACCACACCAUGGCUAACACGCACGCUCUCCGUCGGGCGCCCAACAACUUGCUGUCGCGCACGUGGUGGAACCCCGUCUUCAACUUCCUGGAGCGCAACGUCCAGACCAACGUGCCCGUGGUCUUCUCCUGGCCUCUCACGCUACCGUCGUCGUGCCGACAGCGCUACCGGAUGGUGGAGGCGGGGAGGGACGAGUGAGCGGCGGCCAAUCACGGUAAAAACGAUCCUUUUUUUUUUUUUUUUUUUGCUCGGGCCCGCCACGCUCAGCGCCGACAAGAGGUUGUCGAUGGACAUGUUGGACAUACUUGAAAAGCGCAAUUAUUAUUAUUUUUACACUGACACGCAGUUUGUAUUUGCUGACGUAAUAUUAUUUCCGCUUGUCGUGCCGAUGGAGUCGAGCGCUUCCGUCACGGUACGCGAGAACGCCUUGUCGGCCAUCUUGCUCAAAAUAUCUCCAUUUGUUUGCUUGCCUUGUUCAGCCACGUGUGUGGAAAAAGUAUCCGAACGAAACGGACGGCUUCACGUUAUGAUAUUCAUACGACGCGCAGUUUGACUUGAAUAAAAGAGCAGAGCGUUUCAUUUUG